AGCUAUACGUGGCCUCGGUUUGAGAUAAAAACUCCCGAGGUUAUAGACCGCAUUCGCCGAGCUGCUCUAUUAGCUGGUAAAGCUUUAGAUGUUGCUUUGGAUGCUGCAAACCCAGGAACUACGACAACUGAGAUAGAUGACCUGGUCAUUGA